AUGGUCACCCGGAACCAGGUCACCCUGUUCCAGGUCACCCGGUCAAGUUCACCCGAAACCAGGUCACCCGGUCAGGGUCACCCGGAACCAGAUCACCCAGUCAGGGUCACCUGGAUCCAGGUCACCCUAAUCCAGGUCAUCCGAAUCCAGGUCACCUGGAACCAGGUCACCCGAAUUCAGGUCAUCCGAAUCCAGGUCACCCGGUCACCCGGUCAGGGUGACCCGGAUCCAGGUCACCCGGAUCCAGGUCACCCGGAUCUAGGUCACCCGGAUCCAGGUCACCCGGAUCUAGGUCACCUGGAUCCAGGUCACCCGAAUCCAGGUCACCCGAAUCCAGGUCAUCAGAAUCCAGGUCACUCGGACCCAGGUCACCCGGGCCCAGGUCACUCGGACCCAGGUCACCCGGAUCCAAGACCCAGGAUCCCAGGGUCACCUUCUCUGGAGUCCAGAGAAGAGGUCAAUGGUUUCUAA